AUGAGAGGAUUAUCAGCCACUGUUAUUGCUAAUAGAGCACAUGAUCUUAUGCUGGAUUAUAUUAAAGGAGCUACACAAGGUUUAUCAAAGAUGAGCAUCAAUAGAAUUCGUUGUGCUUCUAUUGAAAAAGGUGAAUGGGUUGCUCUUGAAGCAUUUGAAAAUGUUGCAUCAGAGCAACAAAAUAUCUAUGCAAAAACCUUCUGUAAAUCAGCAUUGAAGAUCUAUCUAAAGAAAAAGAAAAAUUUUGAUUUAGUUGCUGCACAUAUAUCAUAUGAUAUAAUACCGAAAAUCUUACCACAAUGUGAUGUUUUUAACCUUCCAAUGGAUGAAAAUUCACUUUCUAGUGAACAAGUCCAUAAGAAUAAAGAAAACAUGCAUAAAUUGUCAAGAGAUUUUCGUCUUAAAGCAACAGAACUCUAUUUGAAAAUCGUUCAGGAAGAAUUUGAAUUUCAAAAAGAAAGAUUAGAAAAACUUCUUGGAGAUUUUCCACAAGAUAGUAAUGAAGUACCAUUAACACAAACUGCUGAUGAUGAAGAACCUUUUGAUGAUGAUGAGGAAAAUCGUAAUAAUAAGAACGAUGACGAAAUAGAAGUAUAA